CUACUUUGUUCCAGUCUAUAUUUAUUGGAUAUUGUUCUUAUAUUACUCGGAGCGGAUAAUACCUAGUCAUUCAUAUGAUAUUCGAAUCCUUAUUCAUACCUUGGUCGCUAACUAACUAGUCAAUAAUUAAAUCAAAUGUCAGUCACUAGCAUCACUCCAAGCACAUUUGGAACCUUUAUUUUCAUUGCAUCACUCUCUUAUUCCUUGUUCCCUCCAGCUGUAGUGACCGUCGCCGUUGCCCCGGAUUCCAUCGAGGUAGAGGCAGUAGCAGUCGCUGUCGUAAACGCCGUUGUUGUGAACAAACAGGCUGACACCAUCCCUCUCGAUAUUGAGACGGGAGAGAGCACGAACGCGGGAGCACCUCAAUGUUGGUCUCAGGCUCAUAAUUGGUGACGAGGAGCUGCUGAACAGAUCUCUCGCAGCAAAGGUAGAGGGGAAUCGUGCGGCCUGCAAGAGGAGUCCAUUCUGGAAGGCUGUGAGGCAUCAGAGGGAACAAAACAGGUCUCCAGGGCUCUCUGUUUCAACCUGACGUAAUUCCCCUUACAGGCGAUCCCUUAAACAAUCCAAUUGAGCUGUAGGGUCUCAUUGUAAGUCCUGUCCUGUAGUCGC